UGUUGUAGUAUAGUUUUUUGUUUUGUUUAUCUCCAUUUCUCUGCACUGCCACCGAACUCAAACUCAAGCAACUUACCUUAAAGGAUUAAACAGAUUCGAAUCUCACUUGACCUUGUUUUUCUCACACUCUCCCCUCCCAUUUUCCUUCUCUUUCCUUCCAACCAAUCAUGUUCAUGCCCCUCUUCCUUCUCUUCCUGCUUUCUCUCCUCCCGUUCUCUCUCGCUUCACCAACGGAACGUGAGCUUCUCCUCCAAAUCAAGGCCUCGUUGGACCCACAAAACCGGUUCUUGUCCUCGUGGACUCCUUACACCGACCCGUGUAGCAGCGGGUCAUUUGAUGGGGUGGCAUGCAACGAGGAAGGCCACGUGGCUAACAUUUCGCUGCAAGGAAAGGGUCUCUCCGGGCAGAUACCGGCCGCUCUUGGUGGUCUCAAGAGCUUGACCGGCUUGUACCUGCAUUUCAAUGCGUUGAGUGGGGGGAUACCGAAGGAGAUUGCGACUCUCAGUCAACUCAGCGAUUUGUAUCUGAAUGUGAAUGACUUGUCCGGAGAGAUUCCUUCCCAGAUUGGCAACAUGGCUAAUCUUCAAGUUCUUCAACUGUGUUACAAUAAGUUGACUGGGAGUAUUCCUACGCAGUUAGGUUCUCUAAAGAAGCUUAAUGUCCUUGCUUUGCAAUACAAUCGACUAACCGGUGCAAUCCCUGCAAGUUUGGGGGAUUUAGAGAUGUUAACAAGGCUGGACUUGAGCUUUAAUAGCCUUUUUGGUCCUGUUCCGGUGAAGUUAGCCGAUGCUCCCAUGCUAAAAGUGUUAGAUAUCCGCAACAAUACCCUGUCUGGCAAUGUACCGCCAGUUCUGAAGAGACUGAACUCCGGGUUCCAGUAUGAAAACAAUCUUGGCCUCUGUGGUGUCGGGUUUUCUGACCUCAAAGAUUGUGCAGAUUCGGGCAAGAUAUAUAGAGACAGACCUGAACCGUUCAAGCCCAGUGGUCUUAACAGAACGGAUAUCCCAGAGUCCGCCGAUUUACAACCUGCAGAUUGUAGCAAAACUAACUGUUCAAGGUCAUCCAAAAGUCUAACAAUAGGUGUAAUCUCCGGCAUGGUUGGAGUUGUUCUUGUGUUGACAGUUGCAGCACUUUUCACAUUUGCAUGGUACCGCCGCAGAAAACAGAAAAUUGGGAGUGCUUUUGAUACUUCAGAUGGUCGGCUUAGCACUGACCAGGCCAAGGAGGUUUACAGGAGGAGUGCCUCGCCCCUAAUUAGUUUAGAGUAUUCUAAUGGGUGGGACCCUUUAGACAAAGGUCGGAGCGGGAAUGGGUUUUCUCAGGAGGUUUUUGAGAGCUUUAUGUUCAAUUUAGAAGAAGUAGAGCGUGCAACUCAGUGCUUCUCAGAAGUGAAUUUGUUGGGGAAGAGCAAUUUCUCAGCCAUCUAUAAAGGGUUCCUAAGAGAUGGGUCUGUUGUUGUAGUAAAAUGCAUUGCCAAGACAAGCUGCAAGUCUGAUGAAUCUGAGUUUCUGCAUGGUCUUAAGAUAUUGACCUCAUUGAAACAUGAAAACCUUGUGAGAUUGAGAGGUUUUUGCUGUUCAAAGGGAAGGGGGGAGUGUUUUCUCAUAUAUGAUUUUGUCCACAAUGGAAAUCUGUUGCAGCAUCUUGAUGUAAAGCCGGGCAGCGGGAAAGUUCUUGAAUGGUCCACCAGAGUUUCAAUCAUAUAUGGCAUUGCCAAAGGUAUCGGGUAUUUACAUGGAAGCAAAGGAAGCAAACCUGCUCUUGUUCACCAGAAUAUUUCUGCAGAGAAAGUGCUUAUAGACAACCGAUCCAAUCCCUUGCUCUCAGAUUCUGGCCUGCACAAGCUCCGUGCAGACGACAUUGUCUUCUCCACUCUCAAAGCUAGUGCUGCGAUGGGAUACCUUGCUCCUGAGUACACUACAACUGGCCGUUUCACUGAAAAGAGUGAUGUCUAUGCAUUUGGUAUGAUUUUGUUUCAGAUAUUAAGUGGAAAACGGAAAAUCACUCAACUGAUCCGCCUUGGUGCAGAGUCAUGCAAAGUUGAAGAUUUUAUUGACAUGAAUCUUGAGGGGAAGUACUCAGAUUCUGAGGCCACUAAACUUGGUAGAAUUGCUCUGCUUUGCACCCACGAAUCUCCUAGCCACAGGCCAUCCAUGGACAAUGUGAUACAAGAAUUGAGUGGAUUAAUGAGCAGUUCUUGAAGUAAUUCGAGUUAUCGCCUCAAAUUUUCAAGUGGCCUGGGGCAGGAUGCGGCUAUUACUAACCUCUGGUUGAUGUCAUAACCGAAGCACUCCUUUUACUGAUCUUAUCUAACUGCAGUGUCCUUUCCUUGAGGACUUGAACUAUAUGUGAAUGUUAAGCACGUAUCAUUACGUUGUAAUUGGAUGUGAGAGAACCAAAAGUUAGGGGAACCUGCCUUCCGAUUUGUAUCCAUUUAAUUUCAAGUUAUGAAGCAAGGCUGUUUCCUAUGU